AGAGAUUCCAUGAGAGAGUGGAAAAUAGGGGAGAAAGGGCCCAUUUUUAUUUUGAUAGUUGUAAGUGAGUGGGAUUUACAGUGUUCUGUGAGAUUAUUAGAAAGACUUGGCACAGAUUCUUAUUUAUUUGUUUUUUGGAGUGUCGGGGGUGGUGCAGGUGGGUGGUUAAAAUUUUAAGAAUCAGAAGAAAGCCUCCAGCACUCUUCUCAGGAAAAGAAAAAUUGCAUAUUUGCAAAUGCACACAAAAUGUUGCUGUGAUUUCAAGGAUCCCUUCCUUCUACUCCAAGCUGAGACACUAGAAUGUAUCUAAAAGGAGUUGCACCCAAGACAAUCUAUCUAGGAAAAAUGUCAGCCAGGUGUAUAUAUCACAGUAAAAGUAAUUAAGCAAUGUAAGACACAACCAGUAUUCAUAUAUUCAUGAAUCAUCAGGCUCUGAAGUUGACUCGAAACAGGUGGGUAAACAAUUUGGUAGGGCUGUGCUGGUACUUCAAACUUUUCCUCCAGGUCUCCAGCUAUUCCAGUGUAAGCUGGUGGAGGCGAUUCUCUGUCUUUUUCAGACCUGAAAGAAGCCAUCCUCUCAAAAAUGUGAAUCAAUGGGAUUAUUUACGCAUGUAUAACUGGAAUCCACUCCAAGAUGCCGAUUUUGCUGCAGAAGAGAUACUCUUCCUCCCCACCCCCUCCUUUCUUUUUGACAGUCAGUUAAUAAAGACUCAACAAUAAGCAGCUGCCAGUGAUGUCAUUUGGGACUUUGUCCACGGAGCUUGUAUUUACAAGCUCGAAGCAACUACGGAGCCGCAGCCCAGGGAGCAAGUCUCCGCAAACUUGCUCCGCAUUCACGGCAGGACUUCCCAGCCGCUGUGGAUGUUCAGGAAAACCGAGUCUGUUCUGUUAGCGUGGCCUUUGAAUGCUUCAAAAAUAAACAGAGGAUAACCAACCGCGGGAGGAAAUUUUUAGCUGGAGAGAGUUGUAGUUCCUGUGUCUGUCUCCAGGACUGUGAUAUGUGUUGACUGAAGAGCUAACUACAAUGACCCUGGAAACAGACGGGGGAUUCUUAUAAGUCACAAAAGAAAAUAAAUAACUUCAUCCAUGGAGGGAAAGAGACAGCUCGAGAAAAGGGACUUUGGAAAAAGGCUGUCUCUAGACAGCAGUCUUGUGGAAUACAUGGACUCCAAUAAAUACAUUGAGCAUCUGCUGACUCAGCUCGAGGAGCAACACAGGAGUCUCUGGAGGGAGAAGUUGGCAGUGGCCCGCCUACAGCGAGAAGUUGCCCAAAGAACAAGUGAGGGGGCCAUGCAUGAGAAGCUGAUACAUGAACUGGAAGAGGAGAGACACUUACGUCUUCAAAGCGAGAAGCGGUUGCAGGAGGUGACCCUAGAGUCUGAGCGCAACAGAAUUCAGAUGCGUGGCUUGCAGCAGCAGUUCUCCAGGAUGGAAGAAACAGUACGAAAUCUAUUGCAGAGUCAAGGAUCUCCAGAGCAGAAAAAAGAAGAAACUGUUAAUAUAAUGGUCUAUCAGGAAAAGCUGUCAGAGGAAGAGAGAAAACAUAAGGAAGCUUUGGAAGAUCUUCACAUGGUGGUUGAUGAGGAUUCGAGGAGUGAAAGCAGCAGUACAGAUGAGGGAAAAGAAAAGACCAAAUUGCUAUUAGAGAGAUUGAAAACUCUAGAGGCAGAGAAUUCAGCGUUGGCUUUGGAGAAUGAAAAUCAAAGGGAACAAUAUGAGCGAUGUCUUGAUGAGGUAGCCAACCAAGUUGUUCAAGCUCUGCUUACUCAAAAGGAUCUAAGAGAGGAAUGUGUGAAGUUGAAAACAAGAGUGUUUGAUUUGGAACAGCAGAAUCGAACACUAAGCAUCCUAUUCCAACAGCGAGUCAGACCCACUUCUGAUCUGCUCCUCCAGAAACUUCACUCACGCCUCUUGGAUCUUUCAUCUGGAGAUUUGCUUUCAGAGGUGGAAAGAAACCGAAGUCUGACACAGUCACGAACUGAUGCUGAGGUGCACGAACACCAACUAAAUACAAAAUCGGCCUUGAAAUGCCCUGGCUUGGGGGCUGUCAUCCCUGGUCAUCUCUGUCCUCGAAACAGCUACAGUAGCAGCAGUGAACUGUCUCUUUCAAGCACCUGCAGCGAGUACUCCAGUGGCUCCUCCUACACGUGGCAUGAUGGGAAGAACCUCAGGAAAAGGCAAUCAUCACAAAACUGGGAUAAAAGGCUAAGUAUUGAUUCUUCGCUCCCAAGUGGCUUUGCUAGUCCUACAAAUGAACUACCUCCAACUCGUAUCAAGGAAAGCCACAUUUUGGAAGGGCUAAGAAAGCUACAGAAGCGAAAAGUGUUACUUGAACCCCCAUCAGUGAUAACCAAAUGGGGUUAUAAAGAUUGCAUGAACUCGAAUGAAGGAAUAUAUUCUCCUGGAAUUAGAAGUAGCAGCCUCAAGGAGUAUCCCCCCUGCAAAACAGCUGACCUGGGGAGCCCCUGCAAGGAACCCCACAAGACAUUUGUUUAUGAUCUAGAUUCCCACGAUGAUGCGGACGAUGACCCUUCCACCUUAGCAUUGCUCCAAGCAGUUCCAAACCAGAGCUGCAGGCCACAUGGCAGUAAAUUAACCCACAGUGUUUCUGACAGUCUGUUUGCCUGGGAGACAAACAGAAAACACUUUCUGGAAGGCACAUCCUCAGUUUAUCCCAAGGAAAGGCCUGAAAAGCUGACAAGUUGCGCCAGCAGCUGUCCCUUAGAGAUGAAGCUGUGCCCAAGUGUGCAGACGCCUCAGGUACAGAGGGAGAGGGGCCCACAGGGCCAAGGCCAUGGCCGCAUGGCUCUCAACCUCCAGCUUUCAGACACUGAUGACAAUGAAACGUUUGAUGAGCUGCACAUAGAGAGCAGUGAUGAGAAAAGUCCUUCAGACGUGUCAUUGGCUGCCGACACCGAUAAGUCCGUGGAGAACCUGGAUGUCCUUGUGGGGCUUGGAAAAUCUCUAUGUGGGUCUCCUGAAGAGGAGGAAAAACAAGUGCCCAUCCCUUCAGAGACUAGGCCAAAGACUUUUAGUUUCAUUAAGCAGCAAAGAGUUGUAAAAAGGACUUCUUCAGAAGAAUGUGUGACUGUGAUAUUUGAUGCGGAAGACGGUGAGCCCAUUGAAUUCAGCUCUCACCAGACUGGGGUUGUCACUGUUACCAGAAAUGAGAUUUCCAUCAAUUCAACUCCUACUGGACCCAAGGCAGAACAUACUGAGCUUUUACCUCAGGGAAUUGCUUGUUUACAGCCACGAGCUGCUGCAAGAGACUAUACUUUCUUUAAAAGGUCUGAAGAGGACACUGAGAAAAACAUUCCAAAAGAUAAUGUAGAUAACAUUCCCAGGGUGUCCACUGAAUCUUUCAGCUCCAGGACAGUGACACAAAAUCCUCAGCAGCAAAAGCUGGUCAAACCAACACACAAUAUAUCAUGCCAGAGUAAUUCCAGGUCUUCGGCGCCCAUGGGCAUCUAUCAAAAGCAAAAUCUGACAAAAAUACCUGCCAGGGGCAAGUCUUCACCUCAGAAAUCAAAACUAAUGGAGCCCGAAGCCACCACACUACUCCCUUCAUCUGGCCUGGUGACUCUUGAAAAAUCACCAGCCUUAGCUCCUGGGAAACUCUCACGAUUCAUGAAGACUGAGAGCUCAGGGCCCCUCUUUGAAUUACGACCAGAUCCACACAUUCCAAAACAUCCCGCCCAACUUCCGCACAGCUCCAGGAUGCCCAGCAGGAGGGACUGGGUCCAGUGCCCCAAGAGUCAGACUCCAGGGUCACGGUCAAGGCCUGCCAUUGAGUCUAGUGACAGUGGAGAGCCCCCCACGAGGGAUGAACACUGUGGCUCUGGGCCAGAGGCAGGGGCGAAAUCCCCUUCCCCUCCGCCCCCUCCAGGCAGGUCCGUCUCCCUGCUGGCCAAGCCCAGCUAUGACUAUUCACCAGCACCUUCAUCCACCAAGUCCGAAACCAGGGUCCCCAGUGAAACAGCAAGGACCCCAUUCAAAUCACCGCUGCUGAAAGGAACCUCUGCUCCGGUUAUUUCUUCUAAUCCAGCCACGACAGAAGUGCAGAGGAAGAAACCUUCUGUGGCCUUCAAAAAGCCUAUCUUCACUCACCCUAUGCCCUCCCCAGAAGCAGUCAUUCAAACCCGAUUCCCUGCUCAUGCCCCCUCCAGCUCCUUCACCGUAAUGGCUCUGGGGCCUCCAAAGGUCUCUCCGAAGAGAGGUGUCCCCAAAACCUCUCCUCGCCAAACACUUGGGACCCCACAAAUGGACAUAGGAUUACAGACUCCCAGGAUCUCUCCUUCAACCCAUGAGCCACUGGAAAUGACGUCCUCCAAAAGUGUAUCUCCAGGGAGAAAAGGACAAUUGAAUGAUAGCGCCUCCACACCCCCCAAGCCUUCCUUCUUAGGGGUAAAUGAGUCACCAUCAUCUCAGGUCAGCAGUUCCUCAUCGUCCUCAUCACCCGCCAAAAGCCAUAACAGCCCUCAUGGUUGUCAAAGUGCUCAUGAGAAAGGACUGAAAACUCGCCUUCCAGUGGGACUCAAAGUGCUCAUGAAGUCUCCCCAGCUGCUCAGGAAAAGUUCCACCGUGCCAGGGAAACAUGAAAAAGACAGUUUAAAUGAAGCCUCCAAAAGUUCCGUGGCUGUGAACAAGUCUAAGCCAGAGGACUCCAAGAAUCCAGCAAGCAUGGAGAUCACAGCGGGUGAAAGAAAUGUGACCCUACCGGAUUCACAAGCACAGGGCAGUUUAGCUGAUGGGCUUCCCCUGGAAACAGCACUACAAGAGCCAUUGGAAAGUAGCAUCCCUGGGAGUGAUGGAAGGGAUGGGGUAGAUAAUAGAUCCAUGAGAAGAUCCCUUUCCUCCAGCAAACCACACCUAAAACCAGCUCUGGGUAUGAAUGGCGCCAAAGCCCGCAGCCACAGCUUCAGUACACACUCAGGAGACAAGCCUUCUACGCCCCCCAUGGAAGGGUCAGGCAAAGUCCGAACUCAGAUCAUUACCAAUACCGCCGAGAGAGGCAAUUCUCUUACCCGGCAGAACUCUUCCACGGAAAGCUCUCCCAACAAGGCCCCUUCUGCUCCCAUGUUGGAGAGUCUCCCCAGUGUUGGGAGGCCCUCGGGGCACCCCUCCUCCAGGCAGGGCUCCCUGGGGAGCUCAGGCAGCUUCAGCAGUCAGCAUGGGAGCCCAAGUAAGUUGCCUUUGAGGAUCCCUCCAAAGUCUGAGGGACUCCUCAUCCCACCUGGAAAGGAAGACCAGCAGGCCUUCACCCAGGGAGAGUGCCCCAGUGCCAAUGUGGCUGUACUUGGGGAACCAGGCAGUGACCGCCGCAGGUGCCCACCCACCCCAACAGACUGCCCUGAAGCCCUGCAGAGCCCAGGGAGGACUCAGCAUCCAAGCACUUUUGAAAAAAGCAGUACAUCCAAGCUAGAAACUUCUGGAAGGCAUCCAGAUGCCUCUGCAACCGCGACUGAUGCUGUGAGUUCAGAAGCCCCCCUCUCACCCACAAUCGAAGAAAAGGUCAUGUUGUGCAUUCAGGAAAAUGUGGAAAAGGGCCAAGUGCAAACAAAGCCCACCUCUGUGGAAGCAAAGCAGAAGCCUGGGCCUUCUUUUGCCAGCUGGUUUGGUUUUCGGAAGAGUAGACUUCCAGCUCUGAGUAGCAGGAAAAUGGACAUCUCCAAAACCAAAGUAGAAAAGAAAGAUGCAAAAGUCUUGGGGUUUGGAAACAGACAACUAAAAUCAGAAAGAAAAAAAGAGAAAAAGAAGCCUGAACUACAGUGUGAGACAGAAAAUGAGCUUAUCAAGGACACCAAGUCAGCAGAUAAUCCAGAUGGCGGUUUACAAAGCAAAAAUAAUCGGAGAACACCACAAGACAUUUACAACCAACUGAAGAUUGAACCAAGGAAUAGACACAGCCCUGUUGCAUGUUCAACGAAAGACACCUUCAUGACGGAACUCUUGAACAGAGUUGAUAAGAAAGCAGCUCCACAGACAGAAAGUGGAUCAAGUAAUGCUUCCUGCAGGAAUGUGUUAAAGGGCAGUUCUCAGGGCUCCUGUCUCAUCGGCAGCUCUAUCAGUACUCAAGGAAACCACAAGAAAAACAUGAAAAUCAAAGCCGAUAUGGAAGUACCAAAAGACUCCCUGGUAAAAGAGGCAAAUGAAAACUUGCAAGAGGAUGAAGACGAUGCAGUUGCAGAUUCUGUAUUUCAGAGCCACAUCAUAGAGACAGCCAUGGGAUAUUGGUGAAUGGAGGGUGGCCACUUGAAAUGGAAAGAUGGACUCAUCUCAACUUCAGUCUUCCCUUCGUCAACAUUUCAACUACGGUCACAUAAAAGAAAAAUAAAGGAUCCUUGAUAUUCAGCUAAAAUAGAUUAUCUUAUAAUAAUUAAAAUCCUUAGAAGCAAGUAAAACAUGUUAAAAUGAAUAUUUUUUAAAAGCUUAAGGUUGUGAAGUCUUGAGCUUUCUUCUUUUCUGCAUAUAAUUGAAAAAGUAAUUAAUACUGAUUAAAUAUGGAGACAAAUGGAGAAAAACAUUUUUGAACUUUAAAUUCUUAUCUUUCUGAAGACUUUGAUUAAAUAUCUGUAAUUACAGUAAUAUAGGCAGGCUAAAAUUAUUUAUACUCAGAGUAUCUAACUUCAAAUUUUUAAUUUAAAAAAGUUAGAGCAAUAAUGAAUAGGGUGAUCUGGCUCCAAUGCUCCUGUAAAUAUCUUUAAUAAAAUUUUCAUCAGUUGCUAAAUUGAUAGAUCUGAAUUUCCCCAUGCUUCCCGGUUUUUAUAUGUUUCUUGACAAAUAAAGCUGAUUUAAAUCUCUUCCUGCAGCAUUGUACCCCAAGUUAUUUUCUUUACUCUCUUCCCUCAUGUGUCUUAUCAAGACAGAUGUUAUCCAGGCAGGUGAAAUUAAGAGUAGAGGCAGUUGUCCAUGUAAUUCAGCAAACCUGAUGUGAAGUAAAAGAGAUUUAAAGAGACAGAACCACCCAUAAUAGCCACCUGUGUCUAUCAGAGUCACCAAAUAAUUGUUUAACUUUUCACUUCAUUUUGGCAUGACAGCUAGAGAUGGAGUGAACCUAUGGGCAUGAGUAGAUUGUUGUACAAAAGCAAAGAUAAUCUUUUAGGAUCGAUAUGUUAUACCUUCUGUAAGGGAAAAUCAUGACUCACUAAUUUGGGUAUGUGAUCUGGGAAUGUAAUGAGUCUGUGAACAAAGGAGAAUGCAUAAAGAGCAUUUGUUUAGACUUAAAAUGCCUUGCAUACGCACAAGCCCAGAAGUGGGUUAAAAGGAGAUACCAACAGGUAGCUAAAUUGUAAUUAGAUUGGGGGGAAAAGGUUGAGCAUAGAGUAAUUUUGUUAGAGAAUGGGCAAGGAUAACAGUGCGAAAAGGUGGAUAGAUAAGUUGGCAUUUCUUCAAUUAGAAAAAUGGCAAUUAAGGAUCAGGGCUGGAGCCAUUGUGAUUCUACAUUUAUUUGGUACUCUAGAAGGUUUUGCUAAUUAAAGUAAGUUUGUUUUUUUCAGUUAGAAAAAUGUCAAACUAAGGAGGACAAGACUUGAUGUAUGGAUACAGAAGUGGUGAAGUGGUAAUCAUUGCUUUGUGAGGAGUUGGGAGAGUUCUGUGUCCUACUCUUAUAAACAAGGACUUUGAACUGGAAGUGAUCACUCUUAAAACAGGACCUAGGAGUCUGGGAUCCAACUGUGGGUUCCUAAGUCAGAUGACCUUGUCAAACAAAUGCUGGCCAUUAAACUGUAGUGGUCACAUUAGCCCAUUCUUACGUAUCACAGUAAGUACUGGGUACAAGUGUAGCCAUUGUUUUUCAAGACAGGCAUAUUAGCAUAGCAAGACAUGAAGCAGUUAUGUGAAGACUUCAAGAUUUUUCAGUCUGGAGUGACAAGAGUAUAGCGAUAAUUAUAAAAACUUGCAAAAAUCUAGAAGUGUUUGGAAAAUUGCAUAACAUAUUCUGGAAUACUAGACCAAUAACCAUUCCCAAAACUUUAGAAGAGGCCAUUUCAGUAUUAGUGACAAGAAGAAGCACAUGAAGGAGUUUUUUUUCAGAGGCUAUAACAGCUGUAUAUGAAAAUAAAUUCAAGAAAGACUUCUAUAAAGGCAUGGUCUGUGUGGGCAUUUGGAAUACAUUUCUAACCAUUUCCAAUUUGUAUCCUUAAACUACAUCCUACCACAGUAAUUUACAUGAUGCUACUGUCAGACAAAGAAUAUUGGAGUCACUGGAUACCAACUUAGCCUGAGAUGCCACUUCUUUUAUAUUGGUUUAAAUAACUUCUCCUUCAUUUGUACUAAGGAAUUUCAUGGUCCAUUUUUUAUUCUUUUUUAAUUGUUUGUCAUAUUAAUUUCCUACAUUUUAAAAAUAUUCAUCCCCUAUGCAACUCAUUCCCUAUGCAAGACUCCCAAAGUCUGGUCUUCCAUUAUCCCAAAGACAGCACAAGAGAUUGGAAAGCACAUUUAUAUUAUCCUGCAUAGUUUUCAAAUCUCAGGAAGCUAAAAUCCAGUUUGAACUUAGAGGCUGAGUAUUCU